UUUUAAGUUGGUUUGUUUUGCUCAUUUGCAUACUACACGUGCUUUGUCGGUUACGCAAACAUAAGGUUUGCUGUAAUCACAUGUUGGAAUUCAUAAACUGUAACCAGAUUGAGAUAAUGACAACCAGUCAAGCAUCAUGGCGGAAAGCAUGACAUGUCUGUCACCAUGACUCCAGUUCAACCAGAAUUCUAGAGAUUGACCUUGACCUUCAUGGCUGAUAAUGAUGAACUGGAAAUACCCCUGAUCUUCCAGGGCUUAUUUUGUACUGAAUAAUCUUCAACAGUAUCAAAGUUUUGCAUUUAAUAUAACUCAAGAGAAUUACUUUCAUGGUUUAACACGAUUUUCAUGGUUUAAAAUUAACAUGACUUUCAUUUUUUAACACGACUUUCAUUUUUUAACACAACUUUAGUGUUUUGACACAACUUUCAUGUUUUGACACACCUUUGUACAAUAACGGGCAAAACAUAUCUGGUUUACGUUUAUAUCUUAUUGUCUUUAAAUUUAAAGAGUUUAGCAUAUGAUAUAGCUCAAGAGAAUGACCUGUUAGUGAUCGACUUUCGUGUUUGAACACAUCGUUGCAGAAGAACUAAAUGUAGCCAAUUUCUAUUAAUUUGUGCUCUCAGUCUAAUGCGAAAUAUGGCUGCUGUCUGCAUAUUAGCAGCUUAAUAUUAAAAAUAGAUGAUUUCUAACUAUAUAUCACACUUUUAUACAUGAAUCACAGGUUAAUGAUAAAGAACUUUCUAUGUAGCAAUCACAGCUCUAAUUUAAAGACCGUGUUUUUUAUGUAUUAAAUGUGCAGUAACAAAUUAAUGCUAAAUAUAGCAAAAUCCUUUGUACUUACUACAGCCCAUGGUUUAAUGCAAAAUAUUACUGAUGUCUCAAGUAUAAAACGCAGUUUUAUCACAGGUUAGUGAUCAAUAUAGACAGUUUCUGUGUAUCAGUCACAGCUUUAAGACAGUUUUUUGUAACAUAUUAAAUGCAACAGAAGCAGUUUAAUACUAAAUUUGGCUGAAUUCUAUAUGUAUGAACUGUAAACCCCAGUUUUAUCGCAGGUUAAUGAUAAAUAUAGACAGUUUCUGUGUAUCAGUCACAUCUCUCAGCUUUAGACUAAUUUGUUAUAUAUUUUAAUGAUAAAUACAGCUAAUUGCUUUGUACUUACUACAGCCCAUGGUUUAAUGCUAAAUAUUGCUGACUUCUAUGUCUUUCUCACAGUUUAAAACUAAUUGUUUAUAUAUUAAAUGCAACAGUAACAGUUUAAUGAUAAAUACAGCUAAUAGCUUUGUACUACUACCUGUAGCCCAUGGUUUAAUGCUGAAUCUAGCAUUGGUAUGCAUCAGAAGACGGUAAUGAACUCCGACUCAUCGCGCCUAGUGGUGACCACUUGUGACCUGUGCCACUCUAAACUCCAGACAAUCGCUGAAAUACUCCUUUUAUCGUGCGAAGCCCGGCCCAUCGUCUGCGAUGAAAUUACGCCGUUUUCCAAAUCGUACUCCCGCUGCCGUGACGACAUCUUCGAGAGGCUGAAGGUUCUCUCGAACGUCGUCAAGGACCUGAUGUCGCAGAUCUACACCGUCACGGUCCGCUGGCAGGAUAUCACGGCAGGCGUCGUCGAGAUGACGAACUUCGUCGCGAAACUCGUCGAAUGCUGCGACAACAUCGCCUACCUGGUCGCGAUCAGCUUCCCGAACUGUUCUCCCGCGUUGCCGGGUGUCGUGGACAAAUACCAGGUCUCGUUGGCAAACCUCGAACUCAAGCUGUACUGUUCGAGGCUGAAACGGUCGCGGUUGGACGAUCUCAAUCCGCAGAUUUUAGUUGAGACGUGUUCCAGCAUAUCAAAGUCGUUGGCCGUGAUGACGGAGAUCUGUCGUCAGGCGAGCGAGCUAACACAGGACCACAACGACCAAGAACAGUUCAAGUUGUGCGUGAAGAGCGUGACAUCGAGCGCCAGCUGUCUGAUUUCCAGCAUAAAGUCGUUCAAGUCGCGGCCGAACGCUGUCCAUCUAGGACGGAUCAUUGCCUUCUGUGAUCCUGUGAUAUCAUCAAGCAGUGCAAUGGCUUCAUUCUCCACCGAGCAAGGUUUCAUUGGCACGCCAGCGGAGCUGACGUCAGAUGCGAAAGAUAUACACAAGUCAAUAUUAGGAGCGACUCUGAGCGUCAUCUCGUCGUGUAUUCAGAUCUGUAAGUCUGUCCGCGACCUCGUGUAUGACAUCAUGAAUUCGCGACACCGCGACCGCGUCAUCAUGUGUGCCGAGACCAUCGACCGCGCAUCGGCCAAGCUCAGGGACAUCCUCAGCUGCUACAACCUCGACGACACCUCAUCAAACAGCAGCAGCACAGGCACAUCGGUUUCGACAAAAUCGUCAACGGUGUCAUCAAAUUCGAGAUAAAUUGCAUUACAUUAAUAAUUAUUCAGGGUCAUACCAGUGUGAUGGGUGUAUGCAGUGUUCAAAAUGUUAAUAAGCAUUUGUCCGUUUGUUCUGACAAGUGAAAACGUGCUUGGACAAUUUGUUUUCUUUUCUUUACAUUAAUGGUUGUCCUAUAAACAAGUAAAAAUGUUCAAUGCAAUUUCAUUUUGAGCAGUGAAAAACAUUGUCCUUGCACUUGAAGUGAAGGAAACCAUUUAUUUGGACAAGUGAAAAUAUUUGCGGAUAAAUAGAUUUCUAGAUCGACUUGUCUGGUGGACUAGUGAACAGCUUUGCUUAUUUCUAUCACUGUGUAUGGCAGUAGGACCAAUUUGACAAAAUCACUGAUAUCUUGUCGAAUUCUAGAAGAAAAAAUAAUAACAUAUUAUCAGGUGUGGAUCCAAUGUUUUUUCUUAGGGGGAUCUGUAAUAUUAAAUUAAAUGUAAUUUAUGUCAAUGUUGAUAUUAAUAAUAAACAAGAUUAUUCACUUUUAAUGCAAAAUUGAUUAUGUGAACAAAAAUGGGGAGGGGUGAGACCCGAACUAAAACUACACCUGAUUAAAAAAUACUGUAUACUUGCGGGAUGGGAGUAGAAGGCCUGUAGGAAUGAUAUCUGGAGUGGGGCGGGGGGUGGGGGGGGGACACAAUCUAUAGUUGGGGAGCAAAAGUCUGAUUUUUAUGUUUCUAUAUAUAGAAUAUGACAAAAAACUUUUACAGUUUCAUCUUCAUGGGGAGGUGGGAGGGCCUCAGCCCCCUCUGGUUCCUACGGGCCAGAAUAGGGGUCUGUACAAGGCUGUUGUAUGACACUACAUAUACUAUGUAACUCUAUGCUUUCUUGAAUGUUAUGUAAAUUGAAUGGGUUGGGUGUGCGAAAACGUCCAUUUCAAUAAAAUCACCCAUUUAAUGAUUUAUUACUCUCAUUUCUGUUAUCGUAAAAAACACCAAGUGUAUUUGUUUAGUUUAGGGAGAGGCCUUUAUAGAGGCAUUAUUUAUAGCUGCAUAAAUUUGUUAGCCAAUCCCAAACUGCUGUAUUUCAUUUGUGGAAAUAAUUUUUUUUUUUUUUUUUUUUUUAAAUAUUGCUUAAACCAACAAAAUUA